AAAGAAAUAAAGAAAUUUCUUGCAAUCGAAGUUACCCACUGAGCUAGUUUCUUCACCAUCAAUCAAAAACUGCCCAUCUCUUUUCUUCACUUCAUUUCUUCUUCAAUUCUUCCGUCACCCACCAAAGAACCCUAUCUUCCGUUCCCCCAGAAAAGUUUUCCCUUUGUUUUUUCACUAUGGGUCGUGAAAAAAAUUCUUUAGCUGUAGUUCCAGGACCAACGGCAGCGGCGGCGGCGGCGAAGACGGGCGGUUCAGCGACGGCAUUAGCACCUGGAUUUAGAUUCCACCCAACAGAUGAAGAGUUGGUUAGCUAUUACUUGAAAAGAAAGGUUUUGAACAAGCCUGUCAGGUUUAACGCUAUUGCUGAAGUUGAUAUUUACAAGCAAGAACCUUGGGAACUCUCAGACAAGUCAAGAUUGAAAACCAGAGACCAAGAGUGGUAUUUUUUUAGUUUAUUGGACAAGAAGUAUGGGAAUGGGGCAAGAAUGAAUAGGGCGACAAGCCAAGGAUACUGGAAGGCCACAGGGAAGGACAGAGAGGUUCGCCACAAUUCUCAGCUUAUUGGGAUGAAGAAGACCCUAGUCUUUCAUAGCGGGAGAGCUCCAGAUGGGGUGCGAACCAAUUGGGUUAUGCAUGAAUACCGGCUUGUCGAAGAAGAAUCGGAAAGAAUUGGGGCAUUGCAGGGGUAUGUCCUAUGUAGAGUAUUUCAUAAGAAUAAUAUAGGACCUCCCAAUGGAAACCGAUAUGCACCUUUCAUUGAGGCGGAAUGGGAUGAUGGUUCAGCAGCUUUGAUUCCAGGAGUAGAUGCUGUGGAUGAUGUUGUAGCUGCUAAUGAUGCGGUAGCCGGCAAUGAUCUGGCAGCUGCUGAGAAUGGUGUCCAAAGGAUUGAUUUUGAGCAGGACAUUCAAUAUGCUGAUGAGGAUACUCCGCCAAAUGAUGAAGUUCCAAGAGAGUCGCUGAAUGAGAGAACAGAUGACUGUCCUCUGUUGCCUCCAUGCAAGAUUGAGAGAUCAGAUGAUUGCCCUCCGCUAUGUGUGCUUAAUAGAGAAGCACCCUUACCUCUACUCCAGUAUAAGAGAAGGCGACAUAAUGAUUCAGGUCCUAACCAUGCCAAUGUUUCUGAGAAUUCAACUAGAACAACUCAGGACCGUUGCUCGUCUACAACGACAACAGCAGCGACAGCCACAACAUCACCGUCGUCAGCGACUACAACAGCAAUAUCAGCACUCUUGGAAUUUUCUUUGAUGGAAUCAAUAGAACCCAAAGAAAAUCCUCAUGUUCCUCCUCCAACAUAUGAUACUGCUAAUCUAGAUUCUGUGGUGCCUCCUGGUUGCAUGAAACUUAUUAAUGAAUUGCAGAAUGAGAUCCACAAAAUAUCUGUUGAGAGGGAGACAUUGAAGCUUGAAAUGAUGAGUGCCCAAGCUAUGAUUAAUAUUCUGCAGUCAAGAAUAGAUUCUCUAAGCAAAGAAAACGAGGAUCUAAAGAGGAGCAACUGAGAUGUGUAGCAUGGGGAGACUAGCUACUCCUGUGAGUCCCCUUAUUUAUGUAUGAAUUAUUGUUCACCUUGGUCAUUGUAAAAUUUGAACGACAUUAGCAUUUGGUUUGUUGUUGAACAAUGUUGUAGCUUUCUUGUUUAGUUAAAAGGCCUAGUUGAUGAUA